UCCGUCAUCGGUAUUGCCACGUGUCAGCCGUUGAUCUUCAUCUUCCCACACGUAGUAACUCUGUUCACUUUCUUCGUCCCGGAGAAAAAAUCAAAUCAUCGGAGCGAUGGACAUGAGAUAGAACAGAGCUCACUCACUUAUCCUCCAUCGCUAUGGCUCUCGAGUGUCAUCAUUACAGCUCUCUUCUCUGCGUGUAGGCAAAGGCAACUCCCCAGGUUUUCUGAGAGGUAUAUUAUGGGUUUGUCCUUUUCCAACCUCAACGGCGAUACUAAUGGUUUCGCAGCCGGUCCGAGUCUCGGCGAUAUACCUGAGAGCUGCGUUGCUUGCGUGAUUCUGCACCUUACUCCGCUGGAGAUUUGCAAUCUGGCUCGUUUGAAUCGAGCAUUUCGUGGCGCGGCUUCUUCUGAUUCUGUGUGGGAGAAGAAGCUGCCGAGUAAUUACCAGGAUUUGCUUGAUCUAUUGCCUCCGGAGAGGUAUCAGAGCCUCUCUAAGAAGGAUAUUUUCGCCUUGCUUUCUCGUCCUAUCCUUUUCGACGAUGGUAAUAAGGAAGUCUGGAUUGAUAGAUUGACAGGACGAGUUUGUAUGGCGAUUUCCGCUAGAGGAAUGGCUAUAACUGGAAUUGAAGACCGCAGAUAUUGGAAUUGGAUUGCAACUGAUGAAUCAAGGUUCCAUGUUGUAGCCUACUUACAGCAGAUUUGGUGGUUUGAAGUAGAUGGGAUGGUGAGAUUCAAUCUUCCUCCUGGUAUAUACUGUCUAUCAUUCAAAAUACAUCUUGGAAGAUUCUCGAAAAGGUUGGGAAGACAUGUUUGCCAUUUCGAACACACACACGGUUGGGAGUUGAAGCCUGUGCGGUUUUCACUUUCAACUUCAGACGGGCAAGAGGCAUCAUGUGAAUAUUACUUGGCUGAUAAAGGAGGAGAGAAAAUGGGUGGGGAACACAAAGGAUUCUGGAGAGAGUAUAAGGUUGGAGAGUUUGUUGUGGGUUGCUCAGAACCAUCAACUGAAGUCCGAUGGUCGAUGAAACAGAUCGAUUGCACACAUUCAAAAGGUGGAAUCUGUGUGGAUUCGGUCUUCAUCAUCCCGUUCGACGUGAAGCAACGCAAGAAAAGGAAAGCCGCAAUGAAAUAUUAGUUAGAAAUAAGGAAUUGUACAUCACACUUUGCGUAUACAACAUACUUUGAAGGUAAAACUGUUUAUCGUCUUCAUCUGGGUCUUGAGUUAGGUAUAGCAUUGUUAAUAUGAUCGAGUAAUUGUUUAUACUCCGUUUGUUCCAGGUUGAAGGAGAGAAAUCGCGAUUCUUUUCUGUUUAUCAUUGCUUUCUUGUAAAAACCUUUGUUAUAUACAGCAACAUAGUUUCUUAUAAGGGCCCAGGUGAUGUAAACAGAAGAAUCCAUUUUUUGAAGUCCAGUUGCAUUUUGCA